AUGUAUAACCUGCUUUGUGUUGUGUCUACGUUCAACAGCAUGUGGGUCCUCUCAAGCAUAGAGGUAGGGUUGUCUGUCUUAGCAAUUGUUUUGAAUCUCUUGACAAUCUUGACUUUUGUCAAGACGCCAUCUUUGCGAACACCUUCGAACAUUCUUAUUCUUAGUCUGGCAAUCACUGACUUUGGUGUUGGUGCCGUGGUCGAACCUGCUUAUUGUACGCAGCUGUUUGCAAGAUUGGGGAAGCCAUUAAAGAUGAUCAAUCCUGACUUCUACGCGUCCAUGGUAGUUAUCAAUGCUUUUAGUGGUGUGCUGGCUACAGUUUUGAACCUCUUGAUCAUCUUGACUUUUGUGAAGACGCCAUCUUUGCGAACACCUUCGAACAUUCUUAUUCUUAGUCUGGCAAUCACUGACUUUGGUGCUGGUGCUCUGUUGCAGCCGGUUUAUUGCACUGCGUUUUUAGCAGUUAUGACUAAGAACAUAAUACUUAAAAAUACUGUUGAAGUAUUUCGUCCAUCUUCCUUCAUAUUAACAAAUGCAUCACUUUUUACAAUAACUGCCAUCACUGUCGACCGUUUCCUUGCUCUUCACCUGCAUCUAAGAUACCAGGAGCUUGUCACAACGAAGCGGACUGUAAUAGUUUUGAUUGUGCUUUGGACAUCCAGUGUUCUUCUGUGCGUAUUUCUUCUCUACUUGGAAGCGCAUUUUGCUAUGGUGAUUGUAAGUGUUGUCUUAUUGCUUUCCCUUUUGUCUAUUAACAUUGGCCUCAUGCUGAGAAUAGCUUCCAUCAUACGGCAACAUGCAGCACACAUUCAACUUCAGCAGCAGGUAAUGAACGCACUGCAGCCUGGCGAAGCAGUGAACAUUAAGAGAUCUGUGAAUGUUAUGUAUUACAUACUUGGAGCUUUUUUUCUAUGUAAUUUCCCGUUCAUUUGCGUUAUUUUAAUGCAAACUUUUAAUAAGAAACUUCAUGACUUUGUAACAGUGAAUGUAGCUCGGACAAUUUUAAUGAUGAACAGUAGCAUCAAUCCAGUAAUCUAUUUCUGGAGAAUACAUGACAUGCGAAAGGUUGCUCUUCAAUUGUUGCGUUCUCUUCGACGAAAAAACAGAGAAUACAUGACAUGCGAAAGCGUUACGGAAGAUGAUUAG